CUCAUAAAGAGGUUGACUCUGGCCCCUUAUUGGCUAAACCUUUGGUCAGAUUGUGCUGAGUCAGCAUUUACUGAAUAAACACCAGAACCCUGGAACAGAUUUCACCACACAGUGUUUAUUUGGACCAAAUCAGAACAGUUUGUUUCCUGACCCCAUGUUGACGGUGAAGCUGUUGAAGACGACGCAGACUUCUUUCUGUUUGGGAGUCAUCAUCUGACCUGGACCAGUGGCUUGCUCACAGGGAUCGGAUCAACAUUUCUUCACUGUGGGAAUUCCCGAGCUCUGUUGAGAAAUCCGCCCCCUCCCCUUCCCGUCUUGGUGCUGUUUGUUAUAUGACCCGAGGAGUUCUGGUGCUGGACCAGAGGAGAGGGCGUCUCAUCAUGGAGCUGAAUCUGGCUGCUGUUCUUCUGUUCUCACUGGCUUCUCUGUCAGCGCUAAGCUGUCAGCAGCCUAUAAACUGCAGAUGGGGGUCGUUUGGAGGCUGGUCAGAGUGUGAUGGCUGCACACGCACAAAGGUACAAACUCGUCGUGUGGACGUAUUUGCUCAGUUUGGGGGGACCCCGUGUCCUGGAGGAGCCUCUCAAACACAGUCAUGUGUACCCCAGAAGACAUGUCCUGUUGCAACAGGCUGUGGAGACAGAUUCCGCUGCACCUCUGGUCAGUGUAUCAGCCAGUCUCUGGUGUGUAACGGAGACCAGGACUGCGAGGACGGGCUGGAUGAGCGAAACUGUGGCCAAGAUGGCGGCGUGUACUCCUGCGAUCUAGACAAAGUACCUCCAAACUCUGACAUUACAGGGAAGGGAUAUGAUGUGCUAACUGGAAAGCUGAAAUCCGGUGUGAUCACCACCACGAGUUUUGGAGGACAGUGCAGGAAGGUCUUCAGCGGGGACCACCAGGUGAUGUACCGACUGCCUCAGAACAUCCUCAGGUACAACUUUGAGGUGCAAGCAGACAACGAGGAGAGUGACGAGUCCUACGAGAGCUCCUGGUCCUACAUUCAACACAUUCAGUCCAACGCACUGAUUGGACAUGACCGCCGCUCUUUCCACAAAGAGCUCACCGACAACAAGGCCAACAGACUUAUAAUCCUGAAGAAUAGAGUGGAGCUGGCCCAGUUUCAGAACUCGGCCCCACAGUAUCUGACUCUAUCUGAAGGCUUCUGGAAGGCCUUGGCCUCGCUGCCGCUCACAUAUGACCACUCAGCGUACCGCCAGGUACUGCAGACGUACGGCACACACUACCUCUCAGAGGGUACUCUCGGAGGCGAGUACCAAGGCUUGUUGGAGUUGGACCGUCAGACUCAUUCAUCAGACAGUGUAACGGACGUCGAGUACCAGAGGUGUUGGAAAAAAGUGAAGCGUUUCCUUUUUGUAAAGAAAGUCAAGGUGACCUGUGAAAGACUGAGGAAACAUCUGGAAUCCAGCUCUAGAAGCAACAAUAACAAGUUGUCCAUCAAUGUCAAAGUGUUUGGAGGAGAUCCCAGCUUCAUAGGAGCUCUUUCCGUUCUGGACCUGCAGAACCCAGAAGCUAAUGGUGAAACCUACAAUAACUGGGCCUCGUCUGUCAAAGACUUUCCUGACAUCAUAAACCAGAAGCUGAGACCUCUGCAUGAGCUGGUGAAGGAGGUCCAGUGUGCCGGUCUGAAGAAACUCCACUUGAAAAGGGCCACAGAGGAGUACCUGGCAGAGCAGCAUCCAUGCCACUGCCGGCCCUGCCAGAACAACGGGCAGCCUCUGCUGACCGGCACCGAGUGUCGCUGCGCCUGCCAACCCGGAACCUCUGGACCAGCCUGUGAGAGGGGGGCUGUGAUUGGAGAACAGCCAGGGGUGAUUCAUGGCAGCUGGAGCUGCUGGUCCUCCUGGGGAGCCUGCUCCGGAGGUCAAAGGUCAAGAACCCGAAGCUGUAACAACCCUUCCCCCAGAGGAGGCCAUGAUUGCACUGGACCUCAGACAGAACAGAAGGCUUGUGAGGACGCAGAUAUCCAAUACUUAAAGAUGAUGGAGCCUCAGUGUUUCGGUCUUUCUGUAACUCCACCGAAAACCUGCGGACUUCCUCCAAACCUGAAGAAUGGCUUCAUUGAGAAUCCUAAAGAGUUUUACACUGUUGGAAGCACAUUGCAGUACUCCUGCAUAGAUGGGUUUUACCUCGUUGGAAAUGCUGUGGCCACAUGUGCUGAGAAAUGGAACACAGAAGAGAUGUUUUGUAAAAGUUCCACAUGUGGAAAUCCUCCAAUCAAUGAUUUAGUUUUGGCCAUGCCCAUCACAGAGGCCUAUCAGAUCGGAGACAAAGUGUCCCUGUCCUGUCCUGCUGGGUUUGUGCUGGACAGCGAGGAGUCAGAGGUGAUGUGUGGCUCCAGCCUGCAGUGGUCUCCUUCGCCUGAUCGGAUUUAUUGUAAACCAGUUGCACCAGCGCCCCCUCCUGUCACUGCUCUGAAAUGUAAACUUUGGGAAAAACCUGGAAAACACGGCUGUGUGUGUAAAAUGCCAGUUCAGUGUUCGCCUUCUCUGCAGCUGUGCUCCAGAGUUGGAUCUAGCCACAGAUUGUUGGGAGUUUGUCGGCUUGGAGCUCUGAGAUGUUUAGGAGGAACGUUCAUGUUGACCAGAGACGCUGACUGUGAUUGGCCGGAGGAGACUUUUGGAUCCUGCAGGGACUGUAAACCAGGGACAACCUGUCAGGAAUCACUGAGGAAAUGUACCUGUCAGAGUCCGUCAGAGUGUCCUGAAGACUCCGCCCCUUUGUGCGUCAGCUCUGAUGGAGAGGAGGUGACCAUGACUGAAUGUGAGGUCGGGGCUCGGCGCUGUGCGGGUCAGAACCUCAGUGUGAUCGGGAUAGAUGCUUGUCCACAGUGAAAAUAUAUGAAAAUGAAUUUUGUGUGUUUGAUUUGUUUUAUUUUGUGAAUAAAUUUGGUUCUAGCAGCUGAUCUGUAAAUAGAAAAAUAUAUUUGAGCUCUGUGUUUUCUACUUAUGUCCUGAUGAACGCUAACACCUCAGGUUGACAACUUUUGCUUUCUAAAGAUAAUAAAAUGUCCUUCAGAAGAUUUUUACCUGCCUGAUUUAUCAGUUUGAUUAUAAUUCAUUAUAUAUGGAUGAGUUCAUGUUGUGAUCGUGUAAGAUGAAUAAAGUUACGUUGAAAUGACCUGAAAAA